AUGGGAGGAGGAAUGCUAUUAGACUUUGACGAUGAUGAUCUUUCCGACUGCAGUUACGAUGACCGAGACCUAAAGUCGGAUACUGAUUCCACUGACACUGACUCCUUUUAUGUUAAUGAUCUUUUGGGAGAAGAAUUGCCCACAAUUUGGGAGUUGGAGAGCUAUGUUUCAUGUGACUCGGAACAAGAUGAAGAUGAUGACAUUGCAUCCAUCGAAAGUUCUGACAUGAGUUUGUUGGAUCAGAGCGAUCGCUUUCAGAUAGGAGAUGGCGCCAAGGUUGUUUCGGAUCUACCAUGUGACCUGACAAUAAGAAAUGAAUCAGCACAUUCAGGUGACGCGGCUUCUCAAGAUACUCUUCAGGAGAGCCUGGAUUCCGCAGCUGGAUACGAAGAACUCUGGCAUGUGGAUCAGAAUGGUGAAGCCCAGAAAACCCAUACUCCAACUUCGGAUCGUGAUGCCAAACGACGAGAGAUUCAGGCCAAGAUGAGAAUGUUGGAAGAACGCAUCUCUGCUAUGCGAGGAAUUGUUUCAGAACCAUCAUCUCCUACUUCUCUACCAGCUUCCAAAACAGCUGCCAUACCAAAGGAAGAGCCGCGACGCCCUAGACAAGGUGGUAGAAAAUUGCGCCGGUCUCGUUCUCGAUCCCACAGUCGUUCCGUAUCCCCACCCCGAACCAUCUUCAACGACACUUUGGAGAACAGGCGGAAACAAGUAGCUUUGGCACGCCAAAAGCUUCAAAAUCGAUUUUCACCCCCUGGAGCAGGGGAUUCCUCUGAUUGUUCUUCGGUUUCUUCCCAAGGAGACAAUAGCAAAUUGACGAAUCCUCGUCACCUGCAUCGACAAAUGAUGAAACGGACCAAUGGUCCACGAGUUCCCACAAGGUUCCGAACGGCCUAA